GGCGCGGGGCGGCCGAGGGAGCUGCAGCGGGGAGCGUGCGGCACGCGCGGACCGGCCGCCCCGACCGCCGCCCCUGGGAGCCUCGCGCGCCCGCCCGUCGCCGCCCCCACUGGCUUCUUAAGGAUUUCAUCAUCAUUAUUAUUUUUCUUUUGGCACGCUUACGUUUUCUGUUCCGUUUCGUCCUUUUCCCGGCGGGGGCGGCGGCUGCGCGAGCUCGGGGCGGGGAGGGGGCGGCCGGAGGAUGCGGCGCGGGGCUGCAGCCCGGCUCGGGCCUGCGCGCGGAGCAGGAUGCCCAGUGAUGGUGGCUCACGAGGAGGACACGCAGAUCCCCCCCGAGGAGACUAGCGCCGUGGAGCUGGUGGCCGCGCCCGCUGCGGGCAGGUGGCUGUGAACUGUGGCCUUGGCGGUUCCCACGAGGAAGCAUGUCGAAGAAGGGCCGGAGCAAGGGCGAGAAGCCCGACAUGGAGACGGACCCGGUGCAGAUGGCCAAUGAGGAGCUGAGGGCCAAGCUGACCAGCAUUCAGAUAGAGUUCCAGCAGGAGAAGAGCAAGGUGGCCAAGCUGCGGGAGCGGCUGCAGGAGGCGCGGCUGGAGCGCGAGCAGGAGCAGCGGCGGCACACGGCCUUCCUGUCGGAGCUGCGCGCCAAGCUGCACGAGGAGAAGACCAAGGAGCUCCAGGCGCUGCGCGAGGCGCUCAUCCGGCAGCACGAGGCGGAGGCGGCGCGCGCCGCCAAGAUCAAGGAGGGCGAGCUGCAGCGGCUGCAGUCCCUGCUGCACGUGCUGCGCGACGGCGCGGCCGACAAGGUCAAGACGGCGCUGCUGGCCGAGGCGCGCGAGGAAGCGCGCAGGGCCUUCGACGGCGAGCGCCAGCGGCUGCAGCAGGAGAUCCUGGAGCUCAAGGCGGCGCGCAGGCAGGCCGAGGAGGCGCUUAGCAACUGCGUGCAGGCCGACAAGGCCAAGGCCGCCGACCUGCGCGCCGCCUACCAGGCGCACCAGGACGAGGUGCAGCGCACCAAGCGCGAGUGCGAGCGCGACAUCCGCCGCCUGAUGGACGAGAUCAAAGGGAAGGACCGCGUGAUCCUGGCCCUGGAGAAGGAGCUGGGCGUGCAGACCGGCCAGACCCAGAAGCUGCAGCUCCAGAAGGAGGCGCUGGACGAGCAGCUGGUCCAGGUCAAGGAGGCCGAGCGGCACCACAGCAGCCCCAAGAGGGAGCUUCCCCCUGGCAUCGGGGACAUGGCUGAGCUCCUGGGCGCCCAGGACCAGCACAUGGACGAGCGCGACGCCAGGCGCUUCCAGCUGAAAAUUGCUGAGCUGAACUCGGUGAUUCGGAAGCUGGAGGACAGAAACACGCUGCUGGCCGACGAGAGGAACGAGCUGCUGAAGCGCUCGCGGGAGACCGAGGUGCAGCUGAAGCCGCUGGUGGAGAAGAAUAAGCGGAUGAACAAGAAGCACGAGGACCUGCUGCAGAGUAUCCAGAGGAUGGAGGAGAAGAUCAAGAACCUCACGCGGGAGAACGUGGAGAUGAAGGAGAAGCUGUCCUCGCAGGCGUCGCUGAAGCGCCACGCGUCCCUGACGGACCUGAGCCUGACCCGGGACGAGCAGGAGAUCGAGUUCCUGCGGCUGCAGGUGCUGGAGCAGCAGCACCUCAUCGACGACCUCUCACUGGAGAGAGAGCGGCUGCUGCGCUCCAGAAGGCUGCGGGGGAAAGGCCUGAAGCCACCCAAGAAGCAUGUUGUGGAGACAUUUUUUGGAUUUGACGAGGAGUCAGUGGACUCAGAGACCUUGUCUGAGACCUCGUGCACCACGGACAGGACGGACCGGGCCCUGGCCACCCCCGAGGAGGACGUGGAUGAUGCCCCCAGCAGAGAGGAGGCGGACCUGCGCUUCUGCCAGCUGACCCGGGAGUACCAGGCGCUGCAGCGGGCCUACGCGCUGCUGCAGGAGCAGGUCGGGGGCACGCUGGACGCUGAGAGAGAGGCCCGGACCCGUGAACAGCUGCAGGCCGACCUGCUUCGGUGCCAGGCCAAGAUCGAGGAUCUGGAGAAGCUCCUGGUCGAGAAGGGGCAGGACGCAAAAUGGGUGGAAGAAAAGCAGCUGCUCAUCAGAACAAACCAAGACCUGCUGGAAAAGAUUUAUAGGCUGGAGCUGGAAGAGAACCAGCUGAAGAACGAAAUGCAAGACGCCAAGGACCAGAACGAGCUGUUAGAGUUCAGAGUGCUAGAACUGGAAGAGAGAGAGCGGAGGUCGCCGGCCUUUAACCUCCAAAUCGGCGCCUUCCCCGAGAAUGCCAGCAGCGCGCUCCAGCUGUUCUGUCGUCAAGAAGGAGUGAAGGAUGUGGAUAUCUCUGAACUCAUGAAGAAGUUAGAUCUCCUGGGCGAUAACGGGAAUUUGAGGAAUGAAGAACAGGUCGCCAUAAUCCAGGCCGGAACCGUGCUGGCCCUGUGUGAGAAGUGGCUGAAGCAGAUAGAGGGGACGGAGGCUGCCCUGACACAGAAGAUGCUGGACCUGGAGAAGGAGAAGGAUCUGUUCAGCAGGCAGAAGGGCUACCUGGAGGAGGAGCUGGACUACCGGAAGCAGGCCCUGGACCAGGCGUACCUGAAAAUCCAGGAGCUGGAGGCCACGCUGUACACGGCGCUGCAGCAGGAGCCGGGACACAAGGCCAGCGAGGCGCUGAGCGCCGGGCAGCGGGAGGACCUGCAGGCGGCUGUGGAGAAGGUGCGGAGACACAUCCUGCGGCAGAGCCGUGAGUUUGACAGCCAGGUCCUGCGGGAGCGCAUGGAGCUGCUGCAGACAGCACAGCAGAGGGUCCGGGAGCUGGAGGACAAGCUGGAGGCGCAGAGGCGGCAGCUCAAGGAGCUAGAGGAGAAGUUUUUGUUCCUUUUCUUGUUUUUCUCACUAGCAUUCAUUCUGUGGCCUUGACGACGUCAGCAAACCGGGAACUGGGGGUCGAGAAAGAACUUACGGCAUAACCUGAGUCCCACGGCCAUCCCAGCCCCACUCACCCCAAAUUCAAGCCCAGAGACUGACCAGCCCCC